AUGUUCAAACACAUCUUGAGAACAGUGCCUCCUAGGCCAAUUAGAGUCUCGACGUUCUCAUUGAUUCGUAUAACUGUGGGUCCACACACCGCCAAAUUACAUACGAGUACAAUCCUUCUAGCCUCAAAAAAGAAUAGCAAAUCAAAAAAGUCUCAAAAACAACAAAAGAUCCAAAUUGAGGACGACAAGAUUCAAGCUGAGGCCGAGGAAGAGGUUGUCACUCCAACAAUAGAUUUCAAAGAUGCCACUUCCAGAUUUGAAUCCAUUUUAGCCAAAUUUGAAAAGUUGGCAAACGAAAUCAAGUUAGGUAAAUUGAACCCCAAAAUCUUUGAUAAUUUGUUAGUCAAUGUGGGUAACCAAAAGGAUGUUGAAGAAGUUCCAUUCAAUACCAUUGCACAAACGUCAGUCAAGGGGAGAAAUUUUGUCAUCACCAUGUUUGAUCCUCUGAAUGCUCAAGCAAUAAUCAAUACAAUUAUAGGCUCAGGUUUAAACAUGAGCGGUGUCAUUGAUCCAUCAAAUAAGUUCAAUAUCAAAGUUCCGUUACCCCCAAUCACAUUGGAGACUAAGCAAAAUGACGUCAAACUUUUAAAAGAGUUGUAUGACAAAUUGAGAAAUAACAAAACGGGGUCAUUGACCGCUGUCAGAGGUGAUGUCAGACAUAAAUUUCAAUCGCAUUUGAAAACUCACAAGUUAUCAGAUCUGGAGAAUAAGCAGUUGAAUCAGUUGGAGAAAUUGCACAAGUUAUAUGUUGACAAACUACAAGAGUCGUUCAAAAAGUUUGAAAAACGUGUAAUGCAAUGA